AUGCAAGAAGAGUUUAAUGCUUUCCAACUCAUUGUUACUCGGAGAUGCAAGUGGGUUUUUCAAAUCAAAAGAAAACUCGAUGGUUCUGUGGAUAGAUAUAAGGAUCGCCUUGUUGCAAAAAGUUAUCAUCAUCAAGAGGGUGUGGAUUUUGGUGAAACAUUCAGCCCUGUGUCCAAACCAGUCACCAUUAGACUUUUGCUUACCCUGGAAGUAGUCUAUAUGGAACAACCCCCAAGAUUUGUGGAUUCUUCUAAACCUACUCAUGUCUGUCAGCUCCAUCGUUCUCUUUAUGGUCUAAAGCAAGCUCCACAAGCUUGGUAUGAAAAACUGCAUUCAACACUUCUUUCUCUUGGUUUCAGUGCUUCACAGUAUGAUACCUCUCUUUUUAUCAAAUGCGUUCGUUCUUUGGUUAUUGUUUUAGUAUAUGUGGAUGAUAUUAUCAUCACAGUUCCUUCUACUUUGGACUGUACCUAUGUUAUUACUCAGUUGGGUGCCCCAUUUCCAGUCAAGGAUCUUGGUCAUCUUCAUUACUUCCUCGGUCUUGAGGUUCAGAGAUCAUCCACUGGUUUGUUUCUAUAUCUAGCCAAGUAUGCCACAAACCUUCUCACCAAGGUGCAAAUUACUGAUGCUAAACCUUGUGCCACUCCUGUUGGUUCUAUAAAAUUAGAUCACAGUGGUGAUCUCUUGCCUAAUCAUGCUGAAUAUUGA